GGAAGUGGCACUUGAGGGGCCCUUCCUAUUCCCAGCUGCGGUGGCCGCUAGAGGAGGGCAAACAGCUAUGGCGGCGGUCGCACCGAAUCCCGCGGAUACGGCUGCGACUGCGGUCGACGACCGAGAGCCACAGCGGGAAGCGGUGCCAGGCUUGGAGAGCCAGCGGCGCCAGAUCGAGAAUGGGCGAGGGCGUCCGCUGCAGGUCGGCGAAAGCUGGUUCCUCGUGGGGCAACACUGGUACAAGCAGUGGGAGGUGUACGUGCAGGGAGGAGAUCGGGACUCCAGCACCUUCCCUGGCUGCAUCAACAAUGCUGAACUCUUUGAAGACCAGGUAAACUGGCGCCUCAAGAAGGGAUUGGUGGAAGGUGAGGACUAUGUGCUGCUCCCAGCGGCUGCUUGGCAUUACCUGGUCAACUGGUAUGGUCUAGAGCAUGGCCAGCCUCCCAUUGAACGCAAGGUUGUGGAACUGGCUAGCAUCCACAAGGUUGAAGUGUACUCAGUAGAACUGUUGCUUGUCCAGCACAGUGAUAUGGACACACCUCACACGGCUCAAUUCAGCCAGACAGAUUCUGUUGACCUAGUUUUACACACCGCUCGAGAGCAGUUUCUGGUGAGCCCCCAGGAAGAGACCCGGCUGUGGAUCAAGAACGCGGAGGGCUCUUUUGAGAGGUUGUGCAACACCCGUGUCACAGUGCUUGACGCCGCUCUCAAGACUGGGCAGGUGGUUGUCAUGGAGACCCGAAACAAGGAUGGCACUUGGCCCAGUGCGCAGUCGCAUGACACGAGCAGCACAUUGGAGGAGGAAGAGGACUUCCAGGGCCAGCCAGGCAUCUGUGGUCUUACCAAUCUGGGCAACACGUGCUUCAUGAACUCGGCCCUGCAGUGCCUCAGUAACGUGCCGCAGCUCACCGAGUACUUCCUGAAAAACCGAUACCUGGAGGAGCUCAACUUCUGCAACCCACUGGGCAUGAAGGGGGAGAUUGCACAGGCCUAUGCGGACCUGGUGAAACAGGCGUGGUCUGGCCACCACCGCUCCAUUGUGCCCCAGGUGUUCAAGACCAAGGUCGGCCACUUUGCAUCCCAGUUUCUGGGCUACCAGCAGCAUGACUCACAGGAGCUGCUGUCGUUCCUCCUGGAUGGGCUACACGAGGACCUCAAUCGCGUCAAGAAGAAGGAAUAUGUGGAGCUGUGUGAUGCUGCUGGGAGGCCGGAUCAGGAGGUUGCUCAGGAAGCCUGGCAGAACCACAAACGGCGGAAUGAUUCUGUAAUCGUGGACACUUUCCAUGGCCUCUUCAAGUCCACACUGGUGUGCCCUGAUUGUGGCAAUGUGUCUGUGACCUUCGACCCCUUCUGCUACCUCAGUGUCCCACUGCCUGUGAGCCAUAAGAGGGUCAUGGAGGUCUUCUUUGUCUCCAUGGACCCCCGCCGCAAGCCGGAGCAGCACCGGCUCGUGGUCCCCAAGAAAGGCAAGAUCUCGGAUCUGUGUGUGGCUCUGGCCAAACACACUGGCAUCUCGCCAGAAAGGAUGAUGGUGGCUGAUGUCUUCAGUCACCGCUUCUACAAGAUCUACCAGCUGGAGGAGUCCCUGAGCAGCAUCUUAGACCGAGAUGAUAUCUUCAUAUACGAGGUGUCUGGCAGGGCUGCUAUUGGUGAGAACUCCAGAGAGGAUGUUGUGCUUCCUAUCUACCUGCGGGAGCGCACCCCAGCCCGGGACUAUAACAGUUCCUAUUACGGCUUGAUGCUCUUUGGGCACCCGCUCCUGGUGUCGGUGCCCCGGGACCGGCUCUCGUGGGACGCCCUGUAUCACAUCCUGCUGUACCGCCUCUCACGCUAUGUGACCAGACCCAGCUCAGAUGAUGAGGAUGAUGGGGAUGAGAAAGGUGAGGAAGAGGAAGGAGAGAGAAUCCACAAGGAUGAGGACCUGGAGGAUAAGGAUAGCCUCCCUAAGCCUGGACGUGUGACUGAGGGCAGCUCCCAAGACCCUGGGCUGGAGCAGGCUGGGCCCAGCUCCAGAGUCGUGAGCAGAAGUCGGGCUCCUGUGGACAACUCUCCUGGGCCAUCUCACUGGCCCCAGAGGGCACGGCGCAAGCACCUCUUCACCCUGCACACAGUGAAUUCCAAUGGGACCAGUGACCGCUCGACCUUCAACGAGGAUACCCAUGGUGUCUCCUUCAGCUCCCAGCCGUACAUUGCCAUCGACUGGGAACCAGAGAUGAAGAAGCGUUACUAUGACGAGGUGGAGGCUGAGGGCUACGUGAAGCAUGACUGCGUUGGGUACGUGCUGAAGAAGGCACCAGUGCAGCUGCAGGAAUGCAUUGAGCUCUUUACCACCGUUGAGACCCUGGAGAAGGAAAACCCCUGGUACUGCCCCACUUGCAAGCAGCACCAGCUGGCCACCAAGAAGCUGGACCUGUGGAUGCUGCCAGAGACACUCAUCAUCCACCUGAAGCGCUUUUCCUACACCAAGUUCUCCAGAGAAAAGCUGGACACCCUUGUGGAGUUUCCUAUCCGGGACCUGGACUUCUCUGAGUUUGUCAUCAAGCCGCAGAAUGACUCAGCCCGGGAGCUGUACAAAUACGAUCUGAUCGCAGUUUCCAACCAUUAUGGGGGCCUGCGGGAUGGACACUACACGACAUUUGCCUGCAACAAGGACAGCGGUCAGUGGCACUACUUUGAUGACAGCAGCGUCUCACCUGUGACGGAGAAUCAGAUUGAGUCCAAGGCAGCCUAUGUCCUCUUCUACCAACGCCAGGACGUGGCACGCCGUCUGCAAACCCAGGCCAGCUCGUCAAAGCCCCCCGCAUCGUCUGCCUGUGGUGCCCCACCCAAAUCGGAGUCCAUGGCUGUAAACUGAGGGGCCCUGUCCCUGCCCGGGAAGGAAACUGUCCUGGCUCUCUUCCUUCCUGAAGUCACCCCCAUUCUCUUAACCUGAGUUAGGUGCCCCACGCCAGACGUCACAGGCUUAGUUGUGGCUACUGUUCUCCUUGCUGCUAUGUUGCGCUCUCCGAGGGAAGAAGAGGUCGUGUCUCCUUCCAGCAGUGUGUUCCCUGCCCGUGUUUGCCCUUUAGAGCAUUAACCUUCCCUUCUAUUCUCUAUUUAUGGUUCUCCCUUUCCUUCUUGUCCUCAAUCUGGGGUGUUCUCAGGGGGUGGGGGUGGGGUGCACCUGAACAGAGUGUAUUUUCUUAUUGAGACCCUGUACCUUGCGCUUGUGUAUAUAUAAAAGUGCCAGUGUGUUCCUUGGCA